AUGUUGAUCUCCAGUAAGCAGUUGCCGAUCGGGCGCUCCCAGAGCUGGGACACGCUGGGUGGGAAUGAGACUGAUUGGGAACGCAGUGAGAGCAUUUACGAGCAGCAGGCCCGGAUGGCUGGUCGAAGGAACUCGCUGAGCUACGGUGGAGACGCAGGGGGGGGAUGGUAUGAGCCCCCGGCUGGAGUGCGUCCCCCUGACCUGGAUUUGAAACGCGAGCCUGAAUCCUACCAGGAAUCUCUUUAUAACCAAGGUUAUUUGGAUUGUCCUAACCCCCGUAACAUAAGAAAGAGCUCUGUUCCUGAAUUAAACAGCCAUUACGAUCGACUGCACGUAGCUCAUCGUGGGUCCCUGCCACCUCACGACUACUAUCAGCAAGACCCAGGUAUGCCGUCCAGGCCAGCAGAGGGUUUCUAUCGUGGAGAUCAGCCUCAUCCUCUAAAUAGGUCAGCUUCACAUUAUGGAAUGAUGGCAGGUCCUCGACAACUGUGGGAGCACAGUUCAGGCGGUAGGCCUGCUUCUGCCACCCCAACCCAAGGCUUACCUCCUCCCCCACCGCCAACUGCACAUGAAAUGGGUCGUAUUUACAGGGAAGCAUCCCUUCCAGGGCCUCCACCUGUUACUCCCAUAUCCAAAAUGAUGCAGGAUGGGCAACGAGUUACAAGCAGAGCACCAUCUCCAGCUUGUUAUCUAAUUGAGCCAAAUUCUCCUCGUUACGGUGCUGAGCCACCUGCCUCUCUCACUAGCCACACGAUCUACAGUGAUGUCAACGGAAGAUCAGUUGAUUCUCACCAGCCUAAAGCCACCUGCCUUGUGGUUGAUCCAACUACUCAAGGAAUGGAUGGAACUGUCCGAGGUAUGGUCAUGCAUCCCGAAAAUUCCUCAUCACACACAAUACAGCAAGCUCAACAGCAAGCACAGCAACAAAUGCAACAACAAAUACAGCAGCAGCAAAUGCAGCCAGUGCAGCAAAUGCAGCCGGUGCAGCAAAUGCAGCCAAUGCACACAGUGCAGCAAAUGCAGCCGGUGCAACAAAUGCAGCAAGGUCAGCCAGUGCAGCAAAUGCAGCACGUUCAGCCAGUGCAGCAAAUGCAGCACAUUCAACAGAUACCGCAGGUUCAGCCAGUGCAGCAAGUUCCAUACGUGCAACCCAUAGCACCUCCAAAUCCUGUCUACUCCCCAGCCCCCCCAACCGCUCCAAUAUCCACCCAGCAACCAGCAGUAGCUCCUGUUCCUGUUUCACUUCCUCCUCAGCCUCCUGCACCUGCUCCCCCUCCCACUGCCCCUCAAACCCCCAUAGCUCCUGUUGACCCCAAAUUUCUGGCUUUUUUGCAAAAAGAAGGCCUUUCAGAAAGCACCAUAACUUCCCUUCUACAUCAAGGUUUUGACUCCUCAGCGAUGUUGGCUGUAAUGGAAGAAAAUGACGCACGCUCAGUAGCCCCCAACUUGGGUCAGGCCCGGGUUCUGUCUCGUGUUGUGCUGGGUUGCAAAAAAACACCCGAAGUCCCCCCAGCUACCCCCCAUGCCAGUGCUCCAGUUCGAGGCAGGUCUAACAGCUUCAGCCAUCGUGGUGACAUUUAUGUACACCAACCUCCACCAAUGACUCCAGGUGUGGACUCCCAUUAUAUGCAGCCACCUUCUACCCCCAUGCAGACUAUAUCCCCAAGGAUGGGAGAGAGCUAUGGUCGCAGACCCAGUAGCGCCCCCUCCCAACAGUUUCUUGAGACCAGUGGGUAUCCUGGAGCCAGGUUUGCAGGAUCUUACAGUGGCGGUAUGCUUCCAGUUCAACCUCGCCCUCUGUCAGCCUUCAAUCCACAUGCAGGCAUGCACAUGCCACCUAUGACUGCAGCAUCCCAACAAGCAGCCAUUCCAUCGCAUUUACCAGGAAUACCACCGCAAUUGCCAGGCUCUUUCCAUGCCAUGCCACAGCCAUUACCAUUGCAUGGAGUUCAUCAAUCAAUGACCAUUUCUCCUAUGGCACCCCAGCAAGCACCUAAGGCGUACACCACAAACUACACUGUACCCAUGGAGUUGAUGAAGAGAGAUCGUAGUUUGGCCGCGAUGUCAACCAUGCCCAGUCCCCAUGUGAGCCCACAGGUAAUGCGGAAGGCUGGGAUUGUGGCCUCAGAUGGUUCUCUUGUACCUCUGCGAGGUGCCGUUUCAGGAACAAAUGUAAACCUGGCUAAUCAGAAGCUCAGUCGGCGCACUGGACCUCCGGUCAUUGUCUCCACUAUGGCGUCGCCAGACACAAGUAUAAGGCCACAGAUCAUGAACGGUCCGAUGCAUCCUCGCCCGCUGGUGGCGCUGUUGGACGGUAGAGACUGCACCGUGGAGAUGCCCAUCCUGAAAGAUUUGGCCACGGUGGCAUUCUGCGACGCACAGUCAACGCAAGAAAUCCACGAGAAGGUGUUGAACGAAGCGGUCGGUGCAAUGAUGUACCACACCAUCACUCUGACCAGAGAGGAUCUGGAGAAGUUUAAAGCCCUGCGAAUCAUAAUCCGCAUCGGCAGCGGAUACGACAAUAUUGACAUUAAAGCGGCUGGAGAGAUGGGUAUUGCUGUGUGUAAUAUUCCAUCAGCGGCGGUGGAGGAGACAGCAGACUCAACGCUUUGUCACAUCUUGAAUCUGUACCGGAGAAACACUUGGCUUUAUCAGAGCAUGCGUGAGGGGACACGGGUCCAGAGCGUGGAGCAGAUCAGAGAGGUGGCGUCAGGUGCCGCCCGCAUCAGGGGAGAAACACUCGGACUCAUUGGCUUUGGUCGAUCGGGACAGGCAGUAGCCGUCCGAGCAAAAGCCUUCGGCUUCAAUGUGAUCUUUUAUGAUCCGUACCUGCAGGACGGUCUAGAGCGUUCACUGGGCGUCCAAAGAGUUUAUACUUUACAGGACCUUCUGUACCAGAGCGACUGUGUUUCUCUUCACUGCAACCUGAACGAACAUAACCAUCACCUCAUCAAUGAUUUCACCAUCAAACAGAUGCGACAGGGAGCGUUUCUAGUGAACACGGCACGGGGCGGUCUGGUCGAUGAGAAAGCCCUGGCACAGGCUCUAAAAGAGGGCAGAAUAAGGGGCGCCGCCCUUGACGUCCAUGAGACCGAACCAUUCAGUUUUAGUCAAGGUCCUCUGAAGGAUGCGCCCAAUCUGAUCUGCACGCCACACACGGCGUGGUACAGUGAGCAAGCCUCGCUGGAGAUGAGAGAAGCGGCGGCCACCGAGAUCCGCAGGGCCGUCACCGGUCGUAUUCCGGACAGCCUCAGAAACUGCGUCAACAAGGAGUUUUUUGUCACCACAGCGCCGUGGGGGAUGAUGGAGCAGCAGGUACAUCCAGAGCUCAACGGUGGAGCCUACAGAAUGGCCCCGCCUCUGCCCGCCAUUUCUCCUGGCGGCCUGCAAGACAAAAUGUAUACCUAAACAAUGACAGGUUUCCUCCUGGUGUGGUGGGCGUGUCUCCUGGUGGCAUGAGUGGUCAGUUUGAGGGCAUGAUAACUGGCGGGGUCCCCGGUGCCCAUCCCCUGCCUCCGGGCACCCAGCCCAGCCUUGCCCCUUCCCCCACCCAGCU